AUGACAUACGUGGAAAGCAGGGUACGACAAAGCAGCCGUUUUCUACCAAACAAACAGGGUAACAUUCUCGGAGCUCUCGAAGUGUUGCUGCAAGUUGGGAGCAAGGUUUCUGGGGUUUUGAAGCCACUUCCGUCAGCAGGAAGAGCAGUAUAUCGAAAAUCGAAUUACAAGAUCGAAUGCAGAUUGAAAAAUGGAAAGUUGGCGAGGGCCGUUUUAACCGGAAGGAAGGUGGAGCUAAUGAUGAAUAACAUGGUAGAAGUGGAGAUACCACUAACAGCUGUGAAAGAUGAGUCAUACAUGGAUGGUACUGAUCGUCAGAGAGGACGUCAGAGAAGACGACGGGUUAUAGUGGGUGCCUCGAAGUGUCGACCGAGGAGAUCUGCUACAGGGAGAGUAGUGUUCACCUGCACAUGCAGGAGGAGAGGCAGAAGGGGCAAAAGGAGCAGCAGUGGGGGAACAAGAUAA